AUGCGCUCUGCCCUAUCUGCUCUCUCCCCCUAUCUGCUCUCCCCCUAUCUGCUCUCCCCCUAUCUGCUCUGCUCUCCCCCUAUCUGCUCUCCCCCUAUCUGCUUUGCCCCUAUCCGCUUUGCCCAGGCGGUUCGAUCAACUUCCUUCAUCGUCUUCUCUCACAACCGAUGUCGCAUGCCUAACCAGCCUCACAGAGCUGGGCAUGCGUCAGUGGACUCCAUCUCAUGCAUGGGCGUGCAAGCCAUCUCAUGCAUGGGCGUGCAAGCCAUCUCAUGCAUGGGCGUGCAAGCCAUCUCAUGCAUGGGCGUGCAAGCCAUCUCAUGCAUGGGCGUGCAAGCCAUCUCAUGCAUGGGCGUGCAAGCCAUCUCAUGCAUGGGCGUGCAAGCCAUCUCAUGCAUGGGCGUGCAAGCCAUCUCAUGCAUGGGCGUGCAAGCCAUCUCAUGCAUGGGCGUGCAAGCCAUCCCAUGCAUGGGCGUGCAAGCCAUCUCAUGCAUGGGCGUGCAAGCCAUCUCAUGCAUGGGCGUGCAAGCCAUCUCAUGCAUGGGCGUGCAAGCCAUCUCAUGCAUGGGCGUGCAAGCCAUCUCAUGCAUGGGCGUGCAAGCCAUCUCAUGCAUGGGCGUGCAAGCCAUCUCAUGCAUGGGCGUGCAAGCCAUCUCAUGCAUGGGCGUGCAAGCCAUCCCAUGCAUGGGCGUGCAAGCCAUCCCAUGCAUGGGCGUGCAAGCCAUCCCAUGCAUGGGCGUGCAAGCCAUCUCAUGCAUGGGCGUGCAAGCCAUCCCAUGCAUGGGCGUGCAAGCCAUCUCAUGCAUGGGCGUGCAAGCCAUCCCAUGCAUGGGCGUGCAAGCCAUCUCAUGCAUGGGCGUGCAAGCCAUCUCAUGCAUGGGCGUGCAAGCCAUCUCAUGCAUGGGCGUGCAAGCCAUCCCAUGCAUGGGCGUGCAAGCCAUCUCAUGCAUGGGCGUGCAAGCCAUCCCAUGCAUGGGCGUGCAAGCCAUCUCAUGCAUGGGCGUGCAAGCCAUCCCAUGCAUGGGCGUGCAAGCCAUCUCAUACAUGGGCGUGCAAGCCAUCUUCUGCAUGGGCGUGCAAGCCAUCCCAUGCAUGGGCGUGCAAGCCAUCCCAUGCAUGGGCGUGCAAGCCAUCCCAUGCAUGGGCGUGCAAGCCAUCCCAUGCAUGGGCGUGCAAGCCAUCUCAUACAUGGGCGUGCAAGCCAUCCCAUGCAUGGGCGUGCAAGCCAUCCCAUGCAUGGGCGUGCAAGCCAUCCCAUGCAUGGGCGUGCAAGCCAUCUCAUACAUGGGCGUGCAAGCCAUCUCAUGCAUGGGCGUGCAAGCCAUCCCAUGCAUGGGCGUGCAAGCCAUCCCAUGCCUGCACGUGGGGGAGAUGCCUGGACCUGCAAGGCCCACGUGGGCGAUUAACAAGACCAGUGCAUGCUCCUUUGCUGGCCUGAUGUGCACCACACCACACUGGCCCGUCUAUGCACCUUCUCUCUGCUGCUGCUUCCCGUCGCCCUCCCUUUUCCGCCUUUGCUGCUCCGCUUUCUGCCCUCUCUUCUCUUCCUCGUUUGCUGCUGCUUCUCCGCAUGUGCUUCAGCAUGCCACGUUGCCUCCUGCUGCUGCUGCUACUGCUACUGCUCCUCCGCAUGUUGGUUGCUGUGCAUGGGGGGACGGGAUGGCAUGCGAACACAGGGAUCUGUCAAGCACGCAGCUCUUUGAUGAUCACAUCCUGAAGGAUCUCCCACUGCCAGCCUUGAAAUUCCUGAAUAUCUCCAAUAAUGGCCUCUCAGGCGCCAUCCCCGAAUCCCUCACAGCCAUCACUUCCCUGGCGUACCUAUUGUCCCAACCCGCUGCCAUUUCAAGGCUUGAGAGGCACCUCUCUCUUUCUCCGUGUCCCCCUGGUCCCUGGGCUUUGGCCUCUUGUGACAAGCGCAAGCCGCUUCCUUGGUGGGCUAUCGUGGCAAUCGUGGCUGGUGUUGUUCUCAUUGCGGUGCUCGCUGUAGUGCUCUACCUCUACUUCUCUAACAAACCACCGACGAGUCAUGUGGCUGCCGUCUCUCUGGAUCUCUUUAUUGCCACUGUCAUUGCUGCUCCACUUCCAGUCACCUCCUCCCUUGCCACUCCCGGUGCCACCACUUUCUCGCCUGCUCUCUUUGCCCUUUUGAAAACUCUCAAGGGCUCUUCCUGCAACCUGGCUGAGCGGCAAUGGGGCCUCUCAGCCAUUCCAGCAGCUCUCGCUUCGCUUCACCACAUGGAUGCGCACAAUUUUCACUGUCUUGAGCUGGGCAGGGUGCUUCAUUCUCUUAAUCGCAUCCACUACCUCCCAAUCUCCCCACUUCUGUUCCUUCUUGCAGCGCUGCUGAGCAGCAAGGCGGCAGCGCAGGUGUGUCAGGAAUAUCCACUGCAGGCGGUGAUGAAAGCGACCAACGGGUGGUCUGAAGCCAACCUGCUGGGUACGGGGGGCUUUGGUGAUGUGUACCGCGGCGUCUCUCCCACCGAUGGUGCCACUCAGUGGGCCGUGAAGCGAGCCAAGGUCGUCACCACCGACUUUGACACCGAGGUGUGUGCGAUGGCCACAAAAGACCAUCCCAACCUCGUGAAGCUGCUGGGCUUCGCCAUUGGGAUCACCGACAAGACAAGGGUCGAGCAAAUCCUCAUCUACGAGCUCAUGCCCAACGGGGACCUCUCGAACUGGAUUCGAGAAGGUAUGCCUCUUCAUACAGACCUCCUUGCCUGCUUUGCCUACUUCUCACGGUCUCCUCUCUCCACACCUCCAUUCCUCUUUGGCAUUCUCAUUCUUGAGCUCAUGACGGGCCGCCACGCCACCACCACUUGUCUCGACGUUCCUUCCGAUGAAGAGGCGGGCCAGCAGCUGCACAUCCUUCCCUGGGUCCAGCAGCAGCUGGCGCAAUCCGGCAGCAGGGCGGUCGUGGCAUGGCUGAAGCAAGCGCGCAUGGAGGCGCGGGAUGACUUGGUGUUGACGGUGGUGCAGCUGGCACUGUGUUGCACGUCUAAGCAGAGCGCCACGCGGCCGGCCAUGGGGGUGAUUGCAGCCGAGCUGGAGGCCUGUGGUGGUGGCGCUGGGCGGUGCACACAGAAAUGCCGGUGCCCGCCAGGUGGAUCUAGAGGUGGAGUCGCAGAAAAUGUCUGCUACGUGUUUGGAUACGGAGAUUGCUCGUCUAAAUGA